AUGACGUCGAUAGCAUCCGAAUCGGUAGCUACGAUCCUCUGCACCAGCAAACAGACACGCUUCAACAUCCAAAAUGCGGAUCGCCGAGAGUUGGACAUAGAUGGCCUGCACAUUACCGUCACUUCGGGCAGCAAGCCUGGUGUGAAAGGAAAGGCCAAGGCUAGGAGUGAGGGGACGGAAAUCCUCGUAGACGCCAAGCUUCAUCUGAAGGCCGGUCAGAGAUACGCGCUGGUCGGUCGGAAUGGGUCAGGAAAAUCAACACUGCUCAAGGCCGUCGCCGAGAAGCUGAUUCCUGGCAUUCCCGAGGAAUGUCGUAUAUCCAUACUGCAGCAGACGGAUGCCAGUGCCUCCGACACAGAUACUCCGCCUCGAGAUACCUCAGCCGCAGUGGAUCAGGCAUUCCAGGACCGAAUUGUACUGGAGCAUGUCAUUGAACAGGCUACGGCUCGGUCAGACGUUGAGCAGGACAUUAGAGCUUUGUCUGAAGGAAUCAACAGUAACGAUCCAUACGGGCCUGUGCGGGCAAUACGUGUUCUUCGUCACGAGAGGAAUCAGAAGCUUCUCUUUCAGUCUGAUAAGAAUGCGAGGUUGCGGAGCGGUGACCGGGGCCUGGCAGCACGAAAGGCGUUGAAGGCGUUUGAGAAGACUGUCGCCGCCUCACAAUCGCUGGUCGAGCAACCCCAAGACGAGAUCUCAGCCGAAACUCUCAAAAAUGAAACCCAAGAGGCGCUCGACAUGCUCGCAGACUUACAACUGCAGGUCGAACCAUCCAAAGUUGCAGAGAUAGAGUCUAGAGCUAAGAGAAUUCUGACCGGUCUCGGCUUUUCAGAGGCGUACAUGUCGAAGCCGGUUUCGGGUCUGUCCGGUGGAUGGAGGAUGCGCACUGCCUUGUCCAUAUCAUUGCUUCAAGAAACCGACAUCCUCAUCCUGGACGAACCAACCAACUUCCUCGAUCUUUUGGGAAUCAUAUGGCUACAGCGCUACCUCGAGUCGCUUCAAGACGAAGAGACUUCCCCGACCCUCAUUCUCGUUUCCCACGACAGAGAUUUCGUCACUCUUUGCACCGAUCUACUGAUUCUCAAGGAUAAGGGGCUGACCUAUUUCCACGGUGAUCUCCCGACAUAUGAGGCCUCACAGUCUGAGCGCAAGCUGUGGUUGACCAAGAUGAAGGAUGCUCAAGACAGGCAAAAAUCACAUAUUCAACAGAGCAUCACCAACAACAUCAAGGCGGGGAAAGCCAAUGACGACCAGAACAAGCUUCGCCAAGCCAAAUCCCGCCAAAAGAAGCUGGAUGAACGUUGGGGUCUCCAGGUCAGCGCCAAGGGCGGCAGGUUCAAGCUAAACCGAGACCUCGAGGGUUAUCACUUGACCAGCCGCGCCGAUAUCGAUGUUCCGCAGGAUGAGCGUCCGGUGUUCAUCGACUUACCCGAGCCGCCCGAGCUUCGGUUUCCCGGACCGCUAAUAUCGAUGGAGAAUGUGACGUUUCGUUAUCCGAACAAGACGAAGGGCAAGACGCCGGCAUCGCCCGUGUUGCAGGAUGUCAACCUGUCGGUACACAUGGGUGAUAAGAUUGGUAUUCUGGGGUUGAACGGCGCCGGCAAGUCGACUCUGGUGAAGCUCCUUGUCGAUGAGACCAAGCCUUCGUCAGGGAACGUAACGACGCACCCGAGAUUGAAACUGGGUUAUUACUCCCAACAUGCUGUCGAGGAACUGCAGAAGAUGGGCCGAAAAGACCUCUCACUGACGGCUUUGUCCCUGCUGACAAAAGAAGUCGACGCGGAGCUGGAUGAGGGACAACUUCGAGGCAUACUCGGCAGUCUGGGGUUGCCCGGCCGAGUUGCUUCCGACAUACCAAUCGCGAAGCUAUCCGGCGGCCAGCUCGUGCGAUGCGAGCUUGCUCGGAUACUCUGGCGAAGACCUCAUUGCCUCAUUCUCGACGAAGUGACUACUCAUCUCGACUAUGAGACGGUCACGGCCCUGCGCGAGUCGCUGAGAGACUGGGAUGGGGCUGUUAUCCUCGUCAGCCACGACCGAUGGUUCAUGCGGGGUGCUGUAGAAGGUUCGACAGAAGACGGGGAGGAUACAGAAGAUGAGGACGAGGACGGUGCCUUUUCCGGGAGACGAGCGGUGUACAGGCUGAGGGCCGGAAAACUGACGAUCCUGGAGGGCGGCGUGAGCGGCUUCGAGGACGGGGUCGCGAAGAAGGUCACGAAGCUCCUGAACUCAUAG